CAAGAGGUCAUGAAACGAGUGCGCACGGAGCAGGUUCAGGUGGCAGUAUCCUGCUACCUCAAACGCCGACAGUACGUGGACUCAGAAGGCCCUUUGAAGCAAGGCCUGAGACUCUCACAGACCCCCGAGGAGAUGGCAGCCAACCUCACAGUUCAAUCAGAAUCUGGUUGUACCAAUUCGGUGUCUGCAGCCCCUUGCCAGGCAGAACCUCAGCAAUAUGAAGUACAGUUUGGACGACUGAGGAGCUUUCUCACUGAUUCUGACUCCCAGUACAGCCGUGAAGUUCUGCCUCUCCUCUACCCUCUCUUUGUCUACCUUCACCUCAACCUGGUCCAGAGCGGCCCCAAGAGCACUGUGGAAAGCUUCUAUAGCCGCUUCCAUGGAAUGUUCCUACAGAAUGCAAGUCAGAAGGACAUCAUCGAGCAGCUACAGACCACGCAGACCAUCCAGGACAUUCUGUCAAACUUCCAGCUUUGUGCAUUCCUGGACAACAAGUAUGUAGUCCGUCUCCAGGAAGAUAGCUACAACUACCUUAUCUGCUACCUCCAAAGCGACAACACUGCCCUGUGCAAGGUGUUUGCCGUGCACAUUCACUUGGACGUGCAGCCUGCCAAGAGGACAGACUACCAGCUGUAGCGCAGUGAAAGCAGCAGCCUGGAGCCACCAGAUGUGCCCAACCCUAUUCUGCAGAACGAAGCUGGGACACUUUUUAAAGAACUGAGAGGCCACACGGACAGCAUCACCAGUCUGGCCUUUAGCCAGGACAGCGGUCUGAUUGCUUCUGCCUCCAUGGACAACUCUGUGCGUGUCUGGGACAUCAGAAGUACGUGCUGCAACACACCUGCUGACGGCUCUCUGGGUGAGCUUGUGGGCGUGUACACUGGGCAGAUGAGCAACGUCCUAAGUGUGCAGUUCAUGGCAUGCAACCUCCUCCUGGUGACUGGAAUCACACAAGAGAAUCAAGAACAUUAAGUUUUUAUCCAGGUGGCAGACUGGGUGGGGCUGGAAGACUGGUCACAGUCCAGGACUUGCUAAAACUGAAUCAGUGAUUGCAAAAGAG